AUGUGUGCUCACGCCCCCCCCCCCCCCCCCCCGUGUGCUCUCUCCCUCCCCUCACUUCCCCUCUCCCGCCGCACCCACGUGCCUCCCGCUGGAGUGUCUUUGAGUCACCGCGAGCCCUUCCCCCCCCUUCCCCCCUGCGAUCUUCCCCCAUUCGUGCGUUCUUUCCACGUGUGUGCCCUCUUCUCCCCGUGUGAGUGCUCUUCUCCCCGUGUGUGUGCUCUUCUCUCCGUGUGUGUGCUCUCCCUCCCGUGUGUGCACUUUCCCCGCGUGUGUGCACUCGCCCAUCCUUCCCCCUUCCUUCUCCGCAUGCAGGCAGGAUGCCAAGGCGGUGGUGGUGUGCUUUUCCCUCUCCCCUGCCACCCCCUCCUCUUCCUCCCUUCUCUUCCCCGCUCCUCUCUAGCAGGAUGCCAAGGCGGUGAUGGUGGGGUGGAGGCAGGCCCGAUGGAGUUCACUCUCCUCCCCCCUCUUCCCCCCGUCUGCUUUCUUCCAUCCCCGGGUGUGCUUUUCCCCCUCCCCUUGCCGCCCUCUCCCCGCAUGUCUCCAGGACGCCAAGACGGACGCCAAGACGGUGGUGGUGGGGUGGAGGUACUCCCGCUGGAACCCCAGAGUGCGCACGUAACCGCCAACUCUCGUGUGCGCUCUUCCCCACCUCCCUCUACCUCCCUCCACCCCUCUCCAACCUGCUCCAACCCCCUCCACCCACCCCCCUCCCAGGACGCCAAGACGGUGGUGGUGGGGUGGAGGUACUCCCGCUGGAGCACCAGAGUGUGCACGUGGCCGGCCCCUCGUGUCUCCGUUGGGGACGUUCUAGUGUUCAAGUGGAACGACUGGGUGCGGUGGCACAACCUGGUGGGCGUGGAUGAGAUGCGUUACGUGUUUUGCCUUUUUGGGAGUGUUGGCACUGCCAAUCCCAUAAUUGUGUACCAUGGGCCAUCAAACCACGGCACUGUCAAGGUCACUGAGGAUAUUGUUGGUAGUUCAGGCAAUCCUGGCCUUUUCACAAGCAGCUCUGGCAACGACUGCCUCGCAGGCAUGAAGGUUGCCAUCAUUCCUGAAGCCUAA